UGUUCAUCUUCAUCAUCUUCAUCGUAUAACCAUAACAAACACUGUGUGUUUAACUAACUGGUAACGCACCAGGAGAAUGAGCCUCAUGAAGGUCAGCCUGUGUUUCCUCUACGAGCAGCUAACAGCUCUUUUGUUAUUGAUUUUUAACUUAUUGAUCUAUUAGAAUAUAAUAUGUCUGAAACCUCCACUGACCCAAGUUGACCCAGUUUGACCAGUUGUUGACUUUUCCAUCUAUUAUCACUGGAAGCAGCAUUUGUGAUCUUGAUUGAAAUCGUUUAUUACAAUCACAUAAUAAGACAAAGACGAGCUGAGGUGUGAGAAGCUGGAACAUUCAUCCUUCUAUUGAUGAUCGGAACAGAUUCAUCUUCUGUUUGUCAACUACGAGAAGAAGAAGCUCAAUAUUCACAAAUCACCAUGAUGACAAACCAAAUGCCUAGAAGCUCACUGACAGGUGUAUCGGUCAGUUGGUCUGUAGUUGUGUUUGUAUGCAGGCGGCUCUCCUCUUAUUCUAAUGAGAUGUAAAUCUAAAUGUAAAGCGAUGCUUCCUCUGCAAACACAGGAGGGUCCCCUGAAGAUUUGUCUUCCUCUACUUACAUAUUUAAACAUGGACUGGAUGAAUCUAGCAGCUGGAUCGCUUGUCAGUAUUCACAGUGUUAAAUGAUAUUUCAGGAUUAAGGACAGAGAAGCUGAGGAAGUUAUUUAUGUUCACAAGCUGAACAAUAUUAAUAGACAGAGAUAAAGAUAAAACAACUAAAGUCUCAUUCUUUUUCAAAUCAGCUGUGAUUCCAGCCGUCGCACCAGCCAGAGUUUCUACAGCGAUGAAAUGCCUCAUUGCCCCUGUGGGUGCAAGUUGCCCCAUUUGUUUCUGUUCACGGACCAUUUGCUCCAGCAGUCGGUCACGUUCAUGCAGUCGUUUGCUUUGCUGCACAUCAUCAACAUCUGGUUUUUACCCGGGAGACAAGUUUCAGUGACAGGGAAUCUCGGCUGGUUCUCUUAAAGACUGCAGUGUCAGAGAAAUCAUCAGCUGUCAAGCAGGGCUCGCAGUGCAGGAUGAGUCAGAUUCUUCUAGGAAAAGAUUCAAGGGAUCCUCUCGUUAUCAAGGAACUGCUCCACAACAAAUCCUCCACAAAGACUAAACUAUGACACUGCUAAAAGAUCAACUCAUAAAGUAAAUAAUCGUUAGCGGCGUCCAUUCAAACAGAAGAGGACAAGCUCCCCAGGCUCGGUGUCAGACAAAGAAUACCCAGGGUUAGUGCGUGUGUCCUCUAUCCUCUGGUAGAGAAGUGCUGGCAGGGCACUGGGGAGCGCUUCAUCAUAACCAGCACCAUGUGGUAAUCUGUGUUUCUAUAUCACCAGUGUCCCCACCAGUGGUAUUUGGUUGAGAUGAGGCUGCAGUGACGAUAUGAUGCUUUCCUGAAAGGGUUCUGAGACUUUCCAGCAGAAGAACUCAAAUCAGGAGUGAAGACGCCGGAUGGUUUCCCCCCCGCAGCUGCAUCUGCUCUGUCCUCAGAGGAAACAGCAGGAAAAAGAUGCUGCUGCUCAGAAAUAAAAAAGCUCUUUGGACGCAUGCUCUUAGAAAACUAGCACCAGCCUGCUCCCGAGGCUGUGCCCUGGCUAAUAAGGGGUUAAGAAUGUUUGUAAUGCAGCGGAGAUCAUCCCGCCCACAUCAUUUCUGCACGGUUUUUGCACCAAAGCCUGUGUGCUGGCAUGCUGCCUAGCACUUGUCAGGGCCUAGAGGAGCAGAUGAGUCACUCGCACAGAUUGAUAUGUGCAGCGCCGCCUCUCAACGCUCCCAGUCUCAUGUCUGCAUCCACCCCCCCGUCAAUUUGUCAUGACCAGCGGCGAAACCGGCACCAUCGAUCGGGUCAGAUAAAUACUGCAGAUAUUACACAGGACUCGAUCCAGAAGCAGAUCUCAGCUGUCAUCUCUGGCAGCGACUCACAGUGUGAUGUCGUCAUCGAUAGCCGGGGAUCUGAGGAAAGGGUUCGGGCGGCGGGAAAUAAAAAUCAAUGAGCAGUCAAGUGCCUUUCAAUAGUAGUUGGGUUACAUGUCUUUUAGAUUCUUAAGAACAUAUCUGGUUUUGGUUUAUAAACCAAGGAGAGUGGAAGCUUGACGGCAUCAGGGUGUAAAGGUCCCUGACACUCAGCUGACCCCGGGUCUGAUUCCUGUUCAGCCGUGUCCACCUGUCCCCUCAGCAGCAGCUUUACUGAGCUGCAACUUAACUGACGUGAGAAAUACCCUGGAAACAAGUGAGCGGCUCACUGGAUAAAAAAGGAGCAGAAGACGAAAGAGAGAUGAUGUUUUCAUUCAGAGAUUCUGUCCAAAUUGCUCAAUAUAGAGAUUUGACCGAUAAACCAGACAGACGGAUAUCAAAUCAAAGAUCUAACUUUGCAUAUUGAUCGUCAUGUGCAGCUCGAUGUAAAAAUAGAUUCUGGACAAACUGUGUGCUGACCUUUUUAAAAAGAGAAGGCGAGGGAUGGACUAAUGAGAGCAGAGGAGGUAGAUUAACGAGGUCGCUCCAGAUGUUCCAGAUGUUCACCUCUAACCUGCUGGUGGUGGUGAUGCUCCCAGAGGUGGAAUCUCUCCACGGCCUCAUUAACUAUAGGAUGUUACUCAAGUGUCAUUUCACACCAUGUUCAUGUUCAUUCUACUGACUUCAUCAGAGGAAGCCUAUUUUCUCCUGGUGAUGGAUUCACGUUACUGCAGCAACUUAAGAUUACAAUAUACAAUAUGGAUUUUGAUAUUUACAUUCAUGCUUUGGUCUUCGUGUACGAUAAGUCUCUGUCACUAACUCAGUAUUUAUUCCCUCCUCUCUUCCUGUUGUUGAUCUGCUUGCUUUGCAUUUGAGAAGGAAAGCCGGCAUCCUGCCCAGCCUGGAGGACCUGCUGUUCUACACCAUCGCUGAGGGCCAAGAGAAAAUCCCUGCUCACAAAUUCACCACAGCUCUUAAAGCCACGGGGCUUCGCACAGGAGACCCCCGGCUGAAAGAAUGUAUGGAGAUGCUGAAGGUGACCUUGAAGCAAACGUCUGACGGAGCGCUCGACAGACACCUCUUCAAAAAAUGUGUCCAGAGCAACAUUGUCCUGCUCACCCAGGCCUUCAGGAAGAAGUUUGUCAUCCCGGACUUUCAGCCGUUCCGUGCGCACAUCGACGAGCUGUAUGAAAACGCCAAGAACAUGUCUGGAGGGCAGGUGGCGGACUACAUCCCCCAGCUGGCCCGCUUCAGUCCCGACCUGUGGGCCGCCGCCCUGUGCACCGUGGACGGACAGAGACACACCGUGGGCGACACCAAGGUUCCUUUCUGUCUGCAGUCCUGCGUCAAGCCGCUGAAAUACGCUAUCGCCGUCCACGACCACGGCACCGAGUACGUUCACCGCUUCAUCGGCAAAGAGCCCAGCGGCCUGCGAUUCAACAAGCUCUUCCUGAACGAGGAGGAUAAACCACACAACCCCAUGGUGAACGCCGGCGCCAUCGUCUGCACCUCCCUCAUUAAGCAAGGGGCCAGCAACGCGGAAAAGUUUGAUUAUGUCAUGGACUUCAUGAACAAACUGGCAGGAAACGAGUACGUGGGCUUCAGCAACGCCACUUUCCAGUCGGAGCGCGAGUCUGGAGACAGAAACUUUGCCAUCGGCUACUACCUGAAGGAGAAGAAGUGUUUUCCAGAGGGCACAGACAUGACGUCCAUCCUGGACUUCUACUUCCAGUUGUGUUCCAUCGAGGUGACCUGUGAGAGCGCCAGUGUCAUGGCAGCGACUCUGGCCAACGGCGGCUUCUGUCCAAUCACGGGCGAGCGUGUGCUGAGCCCCGAGGCCGUGAGAAACACCCUGAGUCUGAUGCACUCCUGCGGCAUGUACGACUUCUCGGGACAGUUUGCUUUCCACGUCGGGCUGCCGGCUAAGUCUGGUGUCGCCGGUGGGAUUCUGCUGGUUGUACCGAACGUGAUGGGCGUCAUGGUCUGGUCUCCUCCUCUGGACAAGCUUGGCAACAGCGUCAGAGGAAUCAAGUUCUGCACGGACCUGGUUUCUCUCUGUAACUUUCACAACUACGACAAUCUGAGGCACUUCGCCAAGAAACUGGAUCCUCGCAGGGAGGGGGGGGACCAGAGGGUGAAGUCGGUGAUCAACCUGCUGUUUGCUGCUUACACCGGAGACGUGUCCGCUAUGAGGAGGUUUGCUCUGUCCUCGAUGGACAUGGAGCAGAGGGACUAUGACUCCAGAACUGCUCUGCAUGUGGCGGCUGCUGAAGGACACACUGAGGUUGUGCGUUUCCUGCUGGAGGCCUGUAAAGUCAACACGAUUCCCAAAGACAGGUGGGGCAACACGCCGAUGGACGAGGCCAUCCACUUCGGCCACCACGACGUGGUGACCAUCCUGAAAGACCACCACAACAAGUACAGCCCCCAGGACCCCAGCCCCAAGGACAAGACCAGCGCAGAGCAGAACCUGGACGGGAUGCUCUGAUGGAGCAGAAGCAGGAAGCUCAUGAACUCUGAAAGAAAAAACUCCAGGUAGUCAGUUUGAUCUGAGGGGGAAAAAAGAUGUCACUCUGCACUUGAGACAACAUUUACAUCCUGGUAAACAGCCACAGUAGAAAACAUAAUAACAACCCAGUUAACUGAGUGUAAGGAUCAAACCUAGAGGACGGCCUAACCGCUCCUCAUCAUGUCGUUUGUAGAUGUCGUUUUUGUAUUAUAUUCAUGUUUGUGACACAAGUGGAGAAGUGUUUUUAUGGCGGAUUCUCCUUCUGUAUUUUGUUGUCAGCUUUGUAGGAAAAAACAGCCACUAGUUGAAUGCUGGGUAAAUUUGGCGGUGGCUGGUCAGUGGAUGGACUCAGGUGUGAACAGACAGUGUGGUGCUCUGGUCACUUCAUCAUCACAACGUGCUGGAAUGUAUCCCCCCCCCCC